AUGGGACUAGUUUGCUGUGCUUACGAAAGAGAUAGAGAAACUAAAACUACUGAGAUGAGUUCAACUCACAAAGUGCGUAUCACUUUUUCAGGUACUUAAGACUAUGCUUCUGGAACACCAGAAGGGGAUAUCUAAGACCCCUAAUAAUAUCCUUAAGAUGAGGAGCCUACUCCUACUACUACUAGUAGCAGAAGGGAAUCAGUUAAAAAGCCUGCAAAUUUAAAGAGAUAUAAGUCAAUUAGAGGUGAUCAGGUCGAUGAAAUAGUCGAAAAAAUUGUCUAUGAAAUGGAUAUUUAGCUACCAAUUAUCAGAAUCUUGCAAGGAAGGUAUUUAAUUGGAACUGAAUACAAAAUGCUUAUGAUCAAGAAUGAUUCUUGUAUGGUAAGAGUUGGAGGUGGCUUUGAAAAACUAGAAGAGUAUAUCAUGAGAAAUCAAGACGCCGAGCUUGACAAGAUUAAGCGUAUGAUGGUUGAUAAUGGAAAAUCUUUUGCUGAGGUGAUGACAAGUUUGCUAGAAAAGUUCAAUGCUGAUAAGACUGUGAUCUUCAACUACUAGAAGUAUAGCAAGUAUAACAUUCCCGAGAAGUGUCUUCCCCAAGAACACAGAUGA